UUCUCGUAACGCGCUACAAUUUUCGAUAGUGUGUUUGGAAAUAAACAGUUCGACGAGUUCAAUUACGGCAAAUUUUAAUUAUAUGAGAUAUUUAAUGGCCAAAAAAUGUUUUUGCAUCGUGACAUAUGUGGUACAAAAGAAGUGCAAAGCUUCUGAUAAGAGCAAUCCUCGCUCAGCGAAGUGACGCCAUUUUACGGGAAUGACCAGCCCGCGGCUGCCUCUUAUUAGGCCUGAUGUAAGGAGUGCUCUAUUCACACGGAUGCAUGGAAACAAAUCACUUCUGUUGUACUCGUACUGGACGUACGACUUUAGAGAAAACUAUGGAAGAUGGUAAUUUUGCCAACGCUAAGGACGAUAAAAUCAGUGCAGCAGCUUUGUCAAACUUGUACACUGAUCGGUCUUGUAAACUGACGACUAAUGGACACGACUUCGCUGGCGAGCCAUCUAGCAUCUCCGAGAAAUCCUUCGAACUGCGACGGACUAGUCCCGGUACAUUGCAGGACGACAAGUUCAGGAAACGUAUAAAUCCACUCCGGAUACAUUUGGGCAAGAGGCCAUUUGUUGAUAACUCUGUACCUCUAACAGUCAAUAAUGUAAACAAGAAGAGAAAACCGUUAGUUAACAAACCAAGUGAUACCAGUACACCUAAAGCAGCAGUACCCCGUGUACCAAAGCUCAUACCCAAACGCUUGGACCACAAUCAAUUUCAAAAUGUUACACAACACAACAAUCAUGCUUUGGAUCAUGAGCAAGAUAAACCUGUGCCGCGACUUGUGCCCAAAAGCCAGUUAUUUCAGUUUAAAAAGAGUAAAAUGGAAAAAGGGCCCCAGUUGAAAGAGUAUGCCCAGAGUCUAGGUUUGCAGCCUAUGGUGAAGUUCAAGUGUCGGAAGUGUUGUUCCAUGUCUUUUAAGACCCUGGCCAUGCUCAAGGAGCAUCAACUUGUGUGUCGUGCACAAGCAAAGGAGCCCGCAUUGAGCCCAGAAGCAGCUCCCAGCACUGACAGUAAUGCUGGGGGCCCCUCUAGAGUUACUCGCAAAGUUUACCUGUGUUCAGCUUGCGGCACGUAUUAUGAGAACUGGAAUCUCUUCCUACAUAUGCGUGAAGUGCAUAGCAGGCAUAUAUGUUUAUUUUGUUUAGGAAUGUUUUCAAAGGCAGAGAAGUUAUCUUCACAUUUGACAAACAAACAUAAUGUGCAAGAGUUUAAUUAUGAUAGUAAAGAUGACUUUUGUAAAGUUUAUAAUGGGAGCUUUUAUUUAAUGUGCUGUGUCUGUGAUGAGAUAUGUAGUGAGAAGGAUGACUUUUUCAAUCAUGACUGUAAUAAUGUGAAACCGAAACCUGUGCCUGUGCUUAUUAGUAAGAAUUCUAUAAAGUCAAAAAAUGCAAAAUUAGUCAAGAAUAGUAAUGAAGCUACUAGAAAUGGACCUUUAGUGUUUAAUAAAGAAUUUGUAAAGCCAUCAAGUGAGCAAAAAGAAUUUAGUGAAAUAAAACCUGACACAAUUUUGCAGCCUCAGAGAUUGGAGUCUAAUGCAAAUAUGAGUGACACUUUUACUAGCAAUAUAAGUAUAAGCUCUGAGAGUUCUGCAUCUACCAGUAAAGAAACCAACCCAACCUUAGAUUCUAUAAAUGAAGGGAAGCGUUCAAUCAUUAACAAAACUCCUGUGAGCCCAGUUAAUCGAAUAUCACAAGAUAAAGACCCUAGUUCAUCAGUACCUAAUGGUAAGGAGUUACUAGACCAAUCAGAUGACAGUGACUCACCUGACACAAGCAAUCUACCGGGAUCCCCAUGUCAUGAAACAUCAUUUAAACAAAAAGAGCCUUCCUGUUUACCUUUGGAAAAAGAAUGUGGUAUUAAAUUAAAGUUAAGCCUCAAUAAUGCCAACUCACCAGUAAUCAUAAACUCCACAGUGGACCCAACAGUUGGACAGCAAUAUGCACAAAAACCACCAACACGUAAUAGAAGACCACCAAAACGAUAUGAAAAAGACAAACCACCUGUAUCUCAAGCAAAACAUACUCAUUCUGCACCACAAACAAAACCUUCUAUAAAAAUUACAAUUUGUGAUAAAGCUGACAGCCCAUUUGUGAAAACUACAAGUGUAGAAAAUGACCAAGAGACAAUAGUCAAAACUCUAGUGAAUAACAACAUUGAGCCAUUAACCAGGCUACCUGAAACGAAACCCGAAAAUGCCAUCAAAACUACUAUUUAUGACAAUAAAUUAGAAGAUAUCAAUACCUUAAAUAGGGUCCCAAAGUUAACUGUGAGGGUACCUAAAGAAUUUCUAGAUAAAGACUCAUCAAGUGAUUAUUCGUCAGAUAGUGAUGCUGGUGAAAAGUUACCAACUGACGAUAAAGAUUGCACCAAUGAAAAUAUCCCUCAAAACAAAGAUGAAACAACAGACACUGUAGACAGUGUUGCUUAUGAAGUUCCAAAAGAAGAUGUAACAGAAAUAAAGAAUGACCCUGAGCCCGCAAAUGAAGUUAAGGAUGAAAUAAAAGAAGAAGUUCCACCUGAUCCUGAAAUAAAAACUGAACCACCAGAUGUAACUUCUUCUGAGGAUAUUAAUGUUGAAGACCCUGAAGUAACUGAUGAUAUUCCUGUAACUGAGUUAACUUUAGAUAGGGCAAUUGAUAAAUAUCCUACUAAAGAUCUUCUUAAGGUCUUUUUAACUUCAACUAUUUUUAACUGCAUAUAUUGUAAUCAUGCACGUAAAAUUGCUGUGAAUUGUGAGCAGCUAGCACUCCACAUGGUUGCAGAGCACCGCUUUUCAGCCACUGUCGAUAGUAUAACAGCUGAAGAGCUGAUGCCAGAGACUAUUGCAGCUAAAGUGAAAGCUGCAGCUGAAGAAGUAUCCUCUAUUUAUAUCAAUUUGGACUCUUAUGAUAGUAUAGAUAAGUGUGAUACAGUUCAGCCAAACCUAAUUUUUGAAUGUUUUCAGUGUUAUUUCAAAACUGCAGUUCAUAAAGAUCUCUAUUUCCAUAAUCGUAAAAUGCACCAGAAAACAAUACUGCUGUGUGUUAUGUGUAAAAAUAACUUUUAUUCUUAUAGUGAGUUAUUAUGUCAUUUAUGCCCUGGAACAUAUGAUUCCGAGUAUGAAAUUAAGUAUAGAUGUUGUUUUUGUAAUGUAGACAAUAUAUCCUCUUCAUUUAGACUAAUGGUGCAUCUUCGUAAGAUACACCACACCUGUGAUGUAUGUUUAGAGUUUUGCCAAAGUCAAGCACGUUUGUCCAACCAUGUGUGGAAACACAAGCUGCACCAUUUAUGCUAUCGAUGUGGUAUAGCCUACAGAAAUAAGCCAGAUAUUACUAAUCAUUUAUUUUGGAAGCAUGGCACAGAGAGUGUAUUAUGUAAAAGAUGUUUGCAGAAAAAAUGGCCACAUGUCUACCAUUUCUGUACACCCCCAGCUACAUUUGCUUGUGAUGAAUGUACCCUCCAGUUCACAAGAGCUGUAAGUUUAAAGGUACAUAAAAGAUUUCAUUCUGAAGAAUAUCCCCAUGUUUGCACUGAAGAUGAUUGUACAGAAAAGUUUGUAUCUAAGAAGAUCCUUAGUAAACAUUUAGAUGAACAUAAAAAAAAAUUAAUCGCGGAAAGUAUGGAUGAAGAGAAAAUACCUGAUAAAAAUGUCUCUUCAGAAGAUAAUCCCAAAGAACCAAUUCCUACUAUUGAUCUAGUUGAUAAACCGAAAGAAGAAGCUGGAUCUUCUGAAGAUAAAGCUGAGGCUGGAACUGAGCAAUUAUCCAAAAAAGGCAAAAAGAAGAAAAUAAAAGACAAAGACGCAUUACUGUUAGAUGUUAAUUUACCAGCACUGAACUUGUCUGAAAGUGAUAGUAGUGAUGAAUCAGAUAGUGGUGUUUCGCAAAUCAAAGAUGAGAACACCCAAGAUAAACUCAAGAGUGAAGCUGAUGAAAGUAAAUCAGAAAUAGAGGAGAAACCUCCAGCAGUAAUGAAUGUUGAAAUACCGCCUGAUAAUGCAGAAGAAAAAAUUGAGCCACCUGAGGAAGAUAAACCGAGUGAAGAAAAAGUAUUAGAAAUAUGGGAUAACUUUAAAAAAUACCAGGCCAAGGUAGAAAAACAAAGAGAAAAAACGCCUCCAUUAGUUCCUAUUCGGAAACAUGUCUGCGAAUCAGAUCACGAUUAUUGUAUAAUACCAACUGAUGUAAAUGGUGACGAUGACGUUUUCAGCAACGAGAAAAAGAAAAAUAAAAGAUCUCCAAAAAAAAGACACGGAGGACUUUCUUCCUCUAGCAGUAGUAGUAGUGACAGUGAUUCCAGUUGCUCUUGUGGAUCUAAUUGCAGUUGCUCAUCAAGCAGUGGUUCAUCUUCUAGCAGUUCAUCAGAUUCAGAUUCGUCCGAUGAAUCAGGAAAUGAAAAGAAAAAGAAGCAAAAGAAAUCACUUUCACAGAGAAGAGCCAGUAAUGGUUCAAAUGUUGAUGUUAUGGGAAUGGCGGAAACACCAAUAUUAGUUCCAGAAAAAACAGAACCCCCUAUUGCUGAAAGUGAUUUAGAAACUGAAGAAAGUGAAACUGAUGAAGAGUUUUAUGAUAAAAAUCCGCAAAAAAUUGCCAAUAAAAUGUAUACUGACAAGCGUAACCAAUUAUUACUUCUAGCUUCCGUAGCGCCAUCUGGUGGUUCAAUGUCAGGAGAAGUAAGCCGCUGCACUACACCUAUCAAAGAAGAAGAACCGAAAGAUAUGAAGGACGAGAAAAAAGAGACUAUGGAAGAAGUUGAAACAAAAGUUAAGACAAACAGUAGUAAAAAGAAAAGUAAAAAGAAAAAGAGAUCUAGGAAUUCCAGAAAGCAUGGACCCAUUAAGAUGACCAUUCCUAAGGAUGUUAUUGCAAAAUGUGAAGCAGAAACACUACCUUUCAUGCCUAAUAAAAUUACAAUAUCCUUACAAUCAAAUACAGUGCAAAUCCCAGAACCAUCUACACCAGUCGUUGAACCUCCGUCACCAAACAUCACGGUAACACCGAUGCAGUCAGCAGAAAGCAAAAGAGCGUCGAAAAGAAGACGGGUGCCUAAUAAGUUUUAUGGCUACUCAAGCGAUGAAGAAUCCCCUCAAACAACGACUGCCCACACAGCCUUAAAACCUCAACAACCCCCUAAACUAGAAUGGAGGAAAGAAGAUUUACCAUCUCCUGUCACGCACAAAUCUAAGAAAGAGAUACCAUCGACAGUCAUUCCGCAACGAAUGUUGAAUUAUAAUGAGCCAAUUAGGUUAACUGCACCAAUUCCCGACCCUGAGCCUCCCCGCUUCUUGAUGAAUUCAGAGUCUAUGGAAUCUAGCAACGAUUCAGAUUCAAGCAACAGUGGGGCGUUAGAGAUAUAUCAACCGGAGCAAAAUUCGAUACCAGUCCCUCCUCCGACGUAUUUGAAUUCAGGCACGUCCAGUUUGCCUUACACGUUCAGUAGAAAAACUGGGCGUCAAGCACGUGAGGGUGAGAGCGUGUAUUGCUAUUGCAGAAGCCCCUACGAUGAAGUGUCGGAGAUGAUCGCCUGCGACGCGGAAGGCUGUCCCAUUGAAUGGUUCCACUUCGAAUGUGUCGGAAUCAUGGUACCGCCCAAAGGUAAAUGGUACUGCCCCGAGUGUAGGAAAAAUCAGAGUUUCUCAGGUAUCAGAUAAGUCGAUAAUCGAAAGCUAAGUGUAUAUAUAACUAUGCCGUAUUUGUUAUCUGUAUAUAAUUUAUUGAUUGUAGAUACUUUAGCUUUACCUGUAUAUCUUUGUAGUUAGUUCAUUUAAGUUAGGAUAUUAGGCACGAAAAAAAAAUGUAUCAUCGUUAUAAAAAAGUACAUGUUAUGCUUGGUUCUGGCUGUGCGGCCGAUUCUGUCAUGUAAAAAUUGUUACUGACUAAACAUAUACAGCAAACUGAAUUAUAAAUCCAAUUUUUGAUACCA